UGAGAAGUUUAUUUAAAAAAAAAAAAAAAGCUUCAAUUUUGAGGUAGAUUUAUAGAGAUAAUUUUAAGAUUUUAUAGAUUUUUGUUUAAUUUCUUAAGUUCUGAAAUAAAGGCCGACAUGUUCUUUCCUAUAUCGUACAAAUAAUGCAUUCUCUAAGAUAGAACCCCUGGGUUUAUAUGUAUGUCUUUGGAGAUAAAUGCCAAGAGGGGAAUGAACCAGGUAGUGUCUGAGCUUCCCUGAAGAAGAGGGUACAUUAGUUAAGAUAUGAGUAAUUGGUACCUGGCCUCUUUGGCACCAGUGGAGAAAAUGUGGGCUAACAUACCCUAGGAAUAGCAAAGGACCUUCAAAACAGAUGAGUAGGUUCGUGGAGAAGGAUAAUAAUAGUACAAGUUGAGCACCCCAAAUCUAAAAUGCUCCAAAAUCCAAUAGUUUUUGAGUGCUGACAUGAUGCUCAAAAAAUGCUCUUUGGAGCAUUUGAGAUUUUCUGAUUAGGGAUGUUCAACCAGCAAGCAUAAUGUAAAUAUUCUAAAAUCUGAAAAAUUGAAACUCCAAAAUACUUCUGGUCCGAUACAUUUUGGAUAAGGGAUACUCAAACUGUAGUAAUAUUCUACUGUUUGUUGAGCUUAUAGUAUGUCCCAGGUACUAUGCUAAGGCUUUUUCUUUUUUUAUCUAUCAAGUUAAGGCUUUUUCAUAAAUUUUCUUAUUUAUCAUAAGAAUAAUCUUGCGAGUUAGUACAUGCUCUUCAUUUUAGAGAUGACGAAACUGAAGUUUAGAGAGGUUAGAUAGCAUAUUAGGCUGCUAUUUAAAAGGCAAGGGCUAAAUCCUAGAAGACUUUUUAUUUCUUGUACGGGUUUUGAACCUGCGAGCAGGAGAGUAACAUCAUCAGAUUUAUUUUUAUUAAAGGACCACCCUGGCUGUGGUGAGAUGAAUGGAUUCAAACAGGGCAAGAAUGGAUACAAGGAGAUAAGUUAGGAAGCUGGUAUAGAAAUCUGGAUGAGAUAUGGUGGCUUGGAUGAUACUGGCAGUGAGUAUGGGAAAACAGAUUUUAUUAUUACUGCCAGUCAUGAUGGACAUGUCAAGUUCUGGAAAAAAAUAGAAGAGGGAAUUGAAUUUGUUAAACAUUUUCGUAGUCACCUGGGAGUUAUUGAGAGUAUUGCAGUUAGCUCUGAGGGAGCAUUGUUCUGUUCUGUGGGUGAUGAUAAAGCAAUGAAGGUGUUUGAUGUAGUGAACUUUGACAUGAUCAACAUGCUGAAACUUGGCUAUUUUCCUGGACAGUGUGAGUGGAUCUAUUGCCCAGGGGAUGCAAUUUCUUCAGUUGCUGCUUCCGAAAAGAGUACAGGAAAAAUUUUCAUUUAUGAUGGCCGAGGAGAUAACCAGCCACUUCAUAUUUUUGACAAACUCCAUACAUCACCUCUUACUCAGAUACGGCUAAACCCAGUUUACAAAGCAGUAGUGUCUUCUGACAAAUCUGGGAUGAUUGAAUACUGGACUGGGCCUCCUCAUGAAUAUAAAUUCCCCAAAAAUGUGAACUGGGAAUAUAAAACUGACACUGAUUUAUAUGAAUUUGCCAAGUGUAAGGCUUAUCCAACCAGCAUAUGUUUUUCACCAGAUGGGAAGAAAAUAGCUACUAUUGGUUCUGAUAGAAAAGUUAGAAUUUUCAGAUUUUUAACUGGAAAACUCAUGAGAGUCUUUGAUGAAUCACUAAGCAUGUUUACUGAACUGCAACAGAUGAGGCAACAGUUACCAGACAUGGAAUUUGGCCGACGAAUGGCUGUAGAACGUGAGUUGGAGAAGGUUGAUGCUGUAAGAUUAAUUAAUAUAGUUUUUGAUGAAACUGGACACUUCGUGCUGUAUGGAACAAUGCUGGGCAUUAAAGUUAUAAAUGUAGAGACAAACCGGUGUGUGCGGAUUUUAGGCAAACAAGAAAAUAUUAGAGUGAUGCAAUUGGCUUUGUUCCAGGGGAUAGCCAAAAAGCAUCGUGCUGCAACUACUAUAGAGAUGAAAGCUUCUGAAAAUCCUGUUCUUCAGAAUAUUCAAGCUGACCCAACAAUAGUCUGUACAUCAUUCAAAAAGAAUAGAUUUUAUAUGUUUACCAAACGAGAACCAGAAGAUACGAAAAGUGCAGAUUCUGAUCGAGAUGUUUUUAAUGAGAAACCUUCUAAAGAAGAAGUCAUGGCAGCUACUCAAGCUGAAGGACCUAAACGAGUUUCGGACAGUGCCAUUAUCCACACCAGCAUGGGAGACAUUCACACCAAACUUUUUCCUGUUGAGUGCCCUAAGACAGUGGAAAACUUCUGUGUUCACAGCAGAAAUGGUUAUUAUAAUGGGCAUACAUUUCACCGUAUAAUUAAGGGCUUUAUGAUUCAGACUGGAGAUCCAACAGGUACUGGUAUGGGAGGAGAAAGCAUAUGGGGAGGAGAAUUUGAAGAUGAAUUUCAUUCAACAUUACGACAUGACAGGCCGUACACACUCAGCAUGGCUAACGCGGGAUCAAAUACUAAUGGAUCCCAGUUUUUCAUAACAGUAGUACCAACGCCUUGGCUUGAUAAUAAGCAUACAGUAUUUGGACGAGUGACUAAAGGAAUGGAAGUUGUACAGAGGAUCUCCAACGUCAAAGUCAAUCCCAAAACAGAUAAGCCCUAUGAGGAUGUCAGCAUCAUAAAUAUUACUGUCAAGUAAAAUAAGAUUUGUUUUAAUGUACUUGCAAAUAAAUAAUGUACUUGCAAAUAAAAAUACAAUAUUAAACAGAUUAUUUUACAUUAGGAAGCUUAGGACUUGCUGAAUAUACAGAUCAUGUUUAACAGAUACAGUAUUUUUGUAUUUUUUAUUAAAGGCUAUUUUUUAAAAAUUA